UUACCCGGAACUGAUUGGUAGGAGUAGGACCCAUAUAUAAUGCAGAGCCUUGUUUUAUAUGGUAGUACAGAAAACUAUCGUGGUUGGAAGGAAGACUCAAAUGAUCAGAAGCUUUUGUUGCUAAAUUUCAAUGAGAAGUGGAGGAGAAGUAAAAGGAGGGAAGAUCUGAAUGGGUUUCUCGGCAGAUAAUCUGAAAGGAUUUGUCUUGGCUCUUCUCUCAAGUGGGUUUAUAGGGGCAAGUUUUAUAAUUAAAAAGAAAGGUCUUAGACGUGCUGCAGCUGCUUCUGGAGUUCGAGCGGGAGUUGGUGGCUAUUCGUAUCUUUUCGAGCCUCUGUGGUGGGCAGGCAUGAUCACAAUGAUCGUGGGAGAAGUUGCAAAUUUUGUUGCAUAUGCAUUUGCUCCAGCUGUUCUUGUUACCCCCCUUGGUGCCUUAAGUAUAAUUGUCAGUGCUGUGUUGGCUCAUUUUAUCUUGAAGGAGAGAUUACACAAACUGGGAAUCUUGGGCUGUGUGAUGUGCAUUGCUGGUUCAGUUGUAAUUGUUAUCCAUGCACCUCAAGAGCACCUAAUUACUUCUGUUCAAGAAAUUUGGAGUUUGGCAACUCAAACAGCAUUUUUGCUUUACGUGGCAUCAGUAAUUGUGCUGGUUUUUGUUCUAGUCUUUCAUUUUGCACCACGAUAUGGGAAUACAAAUGUACUAGUUUUCACGGGCAUCUGUUCUUUGAUGGGCUCCCUUUCGGUAAUGAGUGUUAAAGCCAUUGGAACUUCCCUGAAAUUGACCUUUGAGGGUAACAAUCAAUUGGUCUACCCAGAAACAUGGUUCUUUAUGUUGGUAGUGGUUACCUGUGUUGUCACACAAAUGAAUUACCUCAACAAGGCUCUUGACACCUUCAACACUGCUAUCGUGUCUCCUAUAUAUUAUGUCAUGUUCACAACACUUACGAUCCUUGCAAGCGUCAUAAUGUUUAAGGAUUGGGAUGGGCAAAGUGGAGGAAGCAUUGUAUCAGAAAUAUGUGGAUUUAUUGUAGUGCUCUCUGGGACCAUUUUAUUACAUGUGACAAAAGACUCUGAUAGAAGUUCCUCCUUUAGAGGUAAUUAUGCACCAUUGUCUCCAUCGUUGUCAGCCCGGCUCUAUAGUGGAAAUGGGGAAUUAUUGAAGCAUGGUGACGAAGAUGCUUCAACUUCAGAAGAAAUCUGUUUAAAAAGACAAGAGCUGUACUAGUAGCUGGUUGUGUUCCAAGAAACUAUUCACCAACCAUACCACUGGACAACAACAUGAAACCAGAGUGCAAGUUUGCAAAUUCUGAGAAGAGAUGUAUAGAGUUGAUAGUUCCACGUCAUUAGUUGAAGUUAAAGUGGAUUCCAGAAGGAUUUGGAAAAGCUCUUGGAAAUGGAAAUUUGCAGAAUUUGGUUCAUAUAAGUUGUCCAUUGAAACUUGUGGUUUCCUUGAAUUGCAGUUUUAUGGAGGAGGUCAUGGGAAUGGCUGCUCAGGUUUACUUGCCAGGACACGUACUUUCUCAGAUUUUCUACCCCUAAUGGGUGUUUGGCACAAAGUGUUGUGUUUGUGGGAAAAAGAGUGGAAUGAAAGGCCUAGUUUUGGUCAUGACGUUAGUUUUUUUUGCACAAGAAGUAUCUGCACAGAAAAAUGUAAACAUACCUGAAAGUGAGGUUUCAUCAGGUACUCAGCGACCCUGAUGCAUUUAUUUUUUGGUUUGUACAACAUUGGUGUAUUCUUGUACAGUAUGUCAUUGAUUUGUUGCAUUCUUUAUGCUCACAGUGAAAUGUUUCAAGUCUUCUUGUUAAACGUAAA